GCCGUGAGGCGAUGAGGAGCCGCAGCAACUCGGGGGUGCGCCUGGACGGCUACGCCCGCCUGGUCCAGCGGACCAUCCUCUGCCACCAGAAUCCAGUUACGGGACUGCUUUCAGCCGGUACGGAGCACAAAGAUGCUUGGGUACGGGACAACAUCUACAGCAUCCUGGCUGUGUGGGGUCUGGGAAUGGCUUAUCGGAAGAAUGCGGAUCGGGACGAGGAUAAGGCCAAAGCCUAUGAGCUCGAGCAGAACGUUGUGAAGCUGAUGCGGGGACUCUUACAGUGCAUGAUGAGACAGGUGGAUAAGGUAGAGAAGUUCAAAUGCACACAGAGUACCAAAGACUGCCUACAUGCCAAGUAUAACUCUGCUACUUGUGCCACGGUGGUUGGGGAUGACCAGUGGGGGCAUCUGCAAGUGGAUGCAACUUCCCUUUACCUGCUUUUCUUGGCACAGAUGACUGCAUCAGGGUUACGUAUUAUCUUCACCCUUGAUGAAGUUACCUUUAUUCAGAAUCUUGUUUUUUACAUAGAAGCUGCCUACAAAGUUGCUGAUUAUGGAAUUUGGGAACGCGGUGAUAAGACAAACCAGGGCAUCCCUGAAUUGAACGCGAGCUCCGUAGGGAUGGCCAAAGCUGCUUUGGAAGCAAUUGAUGAACUAGAUCUUUUUGGAGCUCAUGGAGGACACAAAUCAGUGAUUCAUGUUCUUCCUGAUGAAGUAGAACAUUGUCAGUCUAUUCUAUACUCCAUGUUGCCAAGGGCUUCCACAUCAAAGGAGAUAGAUGCUGGCCUUCUCUCUAUUAUUUCUUACCCGGCUUUUGCAGUGGAGGAUCUAAACCUUGUUAAUGUGACCAAAAGUGAAAUCAUAUCCAAAUUGCAGGGCCGCUAUGGCUGCUGUCGCUUUCUCCGAGAUGGUUACAAGACACCCAGAGAGGAUCCAAGCAGGCUGCACUAUGAUCCUGCUGAGCUCAAGCUCUUUGAGAAUAUUGAAUGUGAGUGGCCAGUAUUCUGGACAUACUUCCUAAUUGAUGGAGUAUUUAAUGAGGACAAAAUUCAGGUACAAGAGUACAGAGAGGCUCUGGAAGGAAUACUUAUUAGAGAGAAGAACGGAAUAGUGCUAAUGCCUGAACUGUACGCAGUCCCUCCAGAAAAGGUGGACGAGGAGUAUGAAAAUCCUCACUCGGUGGAUCGUAUCCCAGUUGGAAAAUUGCCUCAUCUUUGGGGCCAAUCAUUGUAUGUCCUUAGCUGCCUAUUAGCAGAGGGAUUUCUUGCUGCGGGUGAAAUUGAUCCUUUAAACAGGAGAUUUUCCACUGGAUUUAAACCUGAUGUUGUGGUACAAGUAACUGUUUUGGCAGAAUCUAAUCAAAUUAAGAAUCUCUUGCAAGACCAUGGAAUCAAUGUUCAGAGCAUUGCUGAUAUCCAUCCGCUCAGAGUGCAGCCAGCUCGCAUCCUGAGUAAUCUCUACACCAUGCUGGGCCGGAACAAGAGCAUGAAAUUAAGUGGACGGCCACACCGACACAUUGGAGUGUUAGGCACCUCCAAGCUGUACGUGAUAAGAAAUCAAAUAUUUGCUUUUACCCCUCAGUUUACUGACCAGCAUCACUUCUAUCUGGCUCUAGACAAUCAGAUGAUUGUAGAGAUGCUCAAGACAGAGCUGGCUUACCUCACUUCUUGUUGGAGGAUGACAGGGAGACCAACCCUGACAUUUCCCAUCACCCACACAAUGCUUGUUGAUGAUGGUACUGACAUUCAUCCAGCAGUUCUUGCCACCAUAAGAAAAUUAGAGGAUGGUUAUUUUGGAGGUGCAAGGGUGAAGAUAGGCAAGCUAUCAGAAUUUCUUACGACCUCUUUUCAUACGUAUCUGAGCUUCCUGGAUCCAGACUGUGAUGUAAAACUGUUUGAUGACCCUAAUGAAGGCCGUAAUAGUCCUGACAGUGAAUAUGGAGGCUAUCCAGCAGAUUUCUGUGAAAAAGAAAGCCAGGAUGAGCUGGAUCAGUAUAUAAAUGAUGUCCUGCAGAGUACAGCACUGAAGUCAUACCUGCCUCCAACUUCAAAGACUGCGAAUCAACCACCUGUGUUCAGUGCAAACCAUUCCACAAAAGAGAUACUGUCAAUAAUGGCCAAGACAAAGGGCUUGGAGGUUCCAGCUGUGUCUAUGUCUCUUCCCACUAAAGUUCUGAACACGCACCGGAAGUCUCUGAAUCUUGUUGAUAAUCCGCAUUUCUUUGAGACAAAGGACUGUGAAAAUGUUUUACACUUACCUAAAGACGCUCACGGUGAUUUGGAUUGCAGGAAGCUUGUUGAGCAGCUGAAGGAAUGUCCAACGCUCCAUGAUCAAGCAGAUAUCUUAUAUAUAUUGCAUAUACUAAAAGGUGCUGACUGGGACACAGAGCUGGAUGGACAGUAUGGUGUCACUGUUCAUUGCCUACUCAACGAGCUCUACAGAAAGGCAGGCCUCAAUCAAGAAUGGGGCUUGAUCCGUUAUAUUUCCGGUAUACUUAAAAAGAGAGUGGAAGUCCUGGCUGAGGCAUGCACAGACCUUCUGUCGCACCACAAGCAACUUACAGUGGGCCUGCCACCAGAACCCCGUGAGAAAAUCAUUACCACCCCACUGCCACCUGAGGAGCUCAUAGAUCUUAUUUAUGAAGCCAGCGGCCAAGAUAUCAGUAUUGCAGUCCUGACACAGGAAAUAAUUAUGUACUUGGCGAUGUACGUGCGGUCACAGCCUAGUCUUUUUGUGGAGAUGCUCAGGCUCCGCAUUGGUCUGAUAAUUCAGGUGAUGGCCACUGAGCUGGCUCGGAGUCUGAAAUGCUCAGGUGAAGAAGCUUCAGAGAGUUUGAUGAAUCUAAGUCCCUUUGAUAUGAAAAAUCUCCUACACCAUAUUCUCAGUGGAAAAGAGUUUGGUGUGGAAAGGAGCUUGCGACCUGUAGAUUCUUCUUCAUCUAGCCCUGCGAUUUCCAUUCAUGAAAUGGGGCAUUCUGGAGCAACCAAAACAGAAAGAAGUGGAAUUACUAAAUUGAAGAGUGAGAUGAAGCAGUUCUUUCAUGAGGGCCACUCCGUGUCCAGCAUCAUGUUCACUUCCACGAGGGGCAGUACUCCAUCGUCUCCCACUAGCACUUCUCCUACUGGCUCCAAUGGAGACACGAGCUGGGGUGACCGAAAAGGGCAGUGGCUGCGCAGAAGGAGGCUUGAUGGUGCUAUUAACAGAGUUCCUGUUGGCUUUUAUGAGAAAGUGUGGAAAAUCCUUCAGAAGUGCCAUGGUCUGUCCAUUGAUGGGUAUGUCCUUCCUUCUUCAACCACCAGAGAGAUGACCCCGUGCGAAAUCAAGUUUGCUGUGCACGUAGAGUCGGUGCUGAACCACGUACCCCAGCCUGAGUACAGGCAGCUCUUGGUGGAAGCUAUUCUUGUUCUCACGUUCCUUUCUGACAUCGAGGUGAACAGCAUCGGGGGCAUCAUCCACGUAGAUCGAAUCGUGCACAUGGCCAAUGACCUCUUUCUGCAGGAGCUGAAAUCAUUUGGAGCUACUGGUAGUAUCUUGGAGAAAGACGUAGCCACAGGAAUUUGCCACUUUUUUUAUGACAGUGCUCCAAGUGGGGCCUAUGGCACCAUGACAUACCUAACAAAAGCCAUAAUUAUUUAUUUACAUGAUUUCCUGCCUAGCACAGGCUGUGCUAUGCAAUAAGCGAUGCCUCAUGCGGGAGGGAAGGCUCAGAAGCUCUUUCUCCCCAUUUCCCUGUCAUGAACCUGUUGUUUAGUUGCUGCAUGUAUGUGUGCCGUGCACUACCUCAGCGUUUUACACUAGUCAUCAUGCUGCGUGCCUGCCUACCUGCGGGGGACAGGUACGUGGAAUUUGGCCUGGUUUUAAGAGAAUGUGCAAGAAAUAACAAAUACUGAGGCUUACUCUGCCAAAAGUGCAUAAAUGUAAUUCAUAUUAAAUUAGCAAGAAUUACACAGUUCUGCCAAGGGGAGAACAGAUUACUCUGUGGCGAUCAAAAGGCACAAUAAAACGAGGGAGCUGUAUCUCAGGCAUAAAGUCUCCCAAAUAAGGGAAGUGGUGGAAUUCAUUAAUUUUUCUCCUGCUGUGUGUAAAUGCACAUCAUUGUGAAUCACUGAUGCACAGUGUGAAACAUCCAGGGAAAUGUAAAUUAGAGGAAUAGGAAUAACUUGAAAUAACCAGGUGAUAUUUCUAAUACACAUUUAUCCUGAUUCUCAUCUCAUUUGCACCUAGUCAGUGCAGGGCUCACGCCAGUAGAGACAAAUGUCUUACAAUAUCCACUAAUUUGAGAGGAUAGGCUCUCUCGGGAAGCUGCAUCUGUCUUUAAUCUGAACAAAAUAGCUUCCUUCCGUGCACCCCCAAGGCUUUGGAGGCAAAAUCUCAUGACUCCAGCUUCUCCAAGGUGACAGACAGUUUUAUGCCUGUAAUCCUUUCCUCUGAAUGGAGCGAGAUAAACCUCUUCCACUUGAGCACCCUUUCCAAGUCUCCUGAUCCUUUCCCUUGCAAAUAGCCUCAGAGUUAAGAAUGGCAUAAUUGCCACCAUUCCAGUGCAGUGUGAGUUUAUGGAAGGCUUUGAUGUUUCUCUUGUGUUUUUCUUCCUUUUCCUUUUUUUAAAUUUUAAUUUGAAGUUGCACUUGUCACGUGUAGUUAGGGAUAGGCAGCCUGAAGUCUCCCUUCAGACAGCUUCCAGGUUAGUGCCGGCACCUUGAAUCUGUCCACUGGAAACCAGCUUCUGCUCUAAGCUGCUGCAAGAAUAGGUGUGUCCCGCAGGGAAAUGGCUCCCUGGCCAUUUAAAGUGAAAACACAGGUAGGCUGCCUCUGGAGGGGAAACCCCUGCUUUAUUCCAGGCAUCGGCUGCGGUUUUCCUUGUGCCGGUGCCACUGGUUUUGCCACCGGCCAGCACGCAUCUGGCUGACAGCUUAGGAAAGUGGCUGUAGCUUUAGCCUCUCCUGUGGCCAUGGGCUCCCUCAGCAGCAUGGAGGUGUGCUGGCAUUGCUGCCAUGCGAGCAGAGAGGAUCAGAGUGAUUCUGUCUUGCCAGGUAGAGGGGAAAGAGCAGAUAUGGCUUCUAAAAAGUAAGUAUUUUCUGUGCUGACAAGCCUGAUGAUAAGCAUAUUUCUGUGAGAUCCCCCUUCACUCUUUCAAAAUGUAACUAUGCCAUUUUUACAGGAUUUGAAAACUUUUUUUUUGGUAACAAUAGUACAUGGUGCUUUUAAGAACGAGGUUUUUGGUUCCAGUUUUACACAGGUAUCUGAAAUGCCUUGAUGAAAGGAGGGAAUGAAACCCUUGUCUCACUUGCCAGUUGCGAGCACCCAUGGUCCCGGGGAGGCUAAGCUCCCGAUGGCCAUGUCACCCCGCCUGCUGUCCCUCUACGGAGUUGUUGCUGCUGUAAUGUCUGGACACUGGCUCAAGAGAGUGAAGGUGUGGGAGGCCUUAGGACGUGAUGUCAUGUUUUUGAAGAGAUGAGUAGAGUUUGGCAGAUGCUCUGAGAGAGGCACAUACUGUGUUAACCACCAUGAAAACUGGGCCUGUUGAGGGGCUAGUAUAAAGGUGCAGGUCAGGUACAAUUAGCACUUGGAUGUGGAAGUCAUUUGAUUGGCAUGGUGUCUGUUUUGUAGGUUUUUGCCUUCAUUAUGGAGUUGGCUUGGUUUUUUUUUUCCUUUUCGUAUGUGUUGUGAGAGAUCAUUUAGCUUGUUUCCGAGUAAAUGAAAGUAAAAUCCUUUGUCUAGUUUAAGCAGACGAUGUGACAGUGCAGAGCGUGAGCAAACAAGAGCCUGUGUGAUGGUUUCUUGUUCUAGCCGGUAUCAUACGAAAAGUCAGUAGUAGCAGUUAUUUUUGCUUUUCUUGUUGAAUCCUAGAUUGCGAGAGAUGCGAGAUGAUUUUCCCUCAGACUCUUAAUUUAUUUAUUUUACCUACAGUGUGAUCUUGUUUUCUGAAGCAAGAAGGGUGAUGUAAUUGGUUUUACAUGCAGCUGCAUUGAAGUCUAAAGCAAUCGAGCCUAUGGCCAAACAUACCUGGACACCCCUUAACACUUUUUUUUUUAAUGGGAGUAUCAUUGGUAUCUUUAAUUUGAAAUUCAUAGUAUGACCUAUGUUUUGGUGUAUUUAUGAUCAUCCUGAUGCAUUAUCACAUGGAGUGCAGGCACUUGGAAAGUAUUUAUGUGAUAAUUUGAAGAGUUUAGGUAGCUGUUGGUGAAGGGUGGGAUUCCAAAACACAAGGCCAAUGGAAGGGAUAUGUGUGUUGCCUCCUGGUCGGGCACAGCUGCAAUUUCCUGCUGCCUUACUACUCAGACUGAAGAACCGUUUCAGCUGGGGAGUUGUGUUUUAGUGCAAACCUAAUUAAGCAAAUCAGGGUUUAUAUAGGACCCCUGCUUUGCUGAGGAUCUACCCACGUGUGUGUGUUUGUUAAGCUGGUGCAAAUCAGAGCUAGCAUUGGUGGUGGUGAGGGCAUGCUCCCAGUUAACAUACAUGCCGACUUUGCAGUUUGUGCAGGGCUGAGCUAACUGGCAGAGGCUCGACUUGGCUGCCGGGCUUCCCAGGGGAGCCAGCAGAGGAUGACACGGCCAACUUCAAGUCCCUGGAAGCUCAUUUAUAGAAGAAGGCAAAGGUAAACAGACACAGGCUGUGCCUCAGAAACAAGAGCAUUAAUGAAUUAAAAUAGACCCACCUGAGACCUGGUCUUUCCAGUCUGAUGGGCACUGCUGCUGUAAGUAGUUUGCAGCUGUGGGGACAGAAGCACCUACACGGCUCGGGGGGGCAGCCAGGCAUGCCUGCAAGCAGAAAAUGGGACUGGUCAGGGUACUAGCCAGACUAAUUAGCUGUGUCCAGCUUGGAGCACAUACCACAUGCUGGCCCCAACCCAGCUCCUCCAGGCCAGCGCCCUCCCUGCGGGCUGCCUCAUGGCUGUUUCCUUCUCCCUGCUGCUGUGCGAAUGACACGAGUUUGUCAAACUAGACAGAUGAAAAGCGGCAUUAAUAUUAAUCCCCCUUUGCUGCUGCUCCUACAAGUAUAUGUGAAAAGGUAGUGGUUGGUGUAUGAAGUUUGUCUGGUUUCUGUCGUGCUAAUGGUGGUCUCCUUGCUCAGGGAAAGAGCCCUGCUUGUUCCUGGGAGGUGAAGGUGAGCUGCACAGUCCCUAGCAGUCCUAAAAAGGGGUGGUUACUUUCUGUGGUGGGUAGCGAAACCCCUGGGCUGCACCCCUGCGGGCACGGGGCACGGCGGGACUGUGUCACCCCUCCAGCAGCAGCCAGGGGCUUGAGUGAAGUGGGAGCUUGGGUCAGUCCAGGUCCAACAUCGGGCACUUUCUGGUGCAGUCCAGACGUAGGAGCAGAGUUGCCCUGAAAGUGGGAGAUACCACCAGUGGUGUAAAGACUGGCUGUUCCUGUAGGGCAAGAGCCUGGGCACGCAGCUGCAGACAGGUUCAGUCCCUGCUCAAAGGACCGCUCACAGCUGUAAUAUUAAGUAGCCACUGCAUAAAAUUGUGGGAUAAAAAAGAAAGAUCGGGAGUCGGGCUUAUGGAAGAAGAGCUUCAGCUGAAACAGUUUGGGUUUAAGUACAAGUAGCUGGGCUCUCUCCCACUCUCAGUUUUAUUCUCGAGUGGCUUUUAUUCCUGGCAUUAGAAGUUUCACAGUUACCUCCCCCCCCGCCACCCCCCGUCUUCUGUGAGGGGUAAAGGGCUCUUGUGUGCCGCUAGCAGCUGACAGGCCAGGUUGUUUUCUUUUUUGCCUCGAUGACUCAGCUGCUCUCACACUUCAGUACUGCAUCCCUGAAAGCCUCUUCUCACUGCCUACUGCGUGAAGCACGGCCUUGCGACCUUACCUUUACAUCCCCUCUCAUGAAGUGAUCCUUCAAGGCGAGCAUCCUUCAACUUCGUGCUAGGGUAGCUUGAGGAGCAUGUUGUUAGAGGGGAACAUCGAAGCUGGAGGCUGUCAGCCAUGUUUCUGAGCUCCCAGGACUUGUUGCGCACCCUAGCUUUGUCCUCUCUUCUGGGAGGGAUGGUGGUGAUGGGAGGGUGAGGGUAGCAAAGGAGGACUCCAGAGCUGCACUGUCCCAUUCCACCUUGUCACUUCACGCCCACAGCAAGGAAAACAAUGGUGGGAAGCAAGAUCCCACCACACACCGUGGGGUUUGUCCAUCUUAGGUGGAGCCUUUUUGUUCACUCCACUAGAAUAAGGUGAGACCGAUCCUCAUAGUCCAUAGAUCAGAAUAAACGCAUGCUAAAAAUAGACAUUCACUAUUACCAAUGCCAUUAAAAUUAUACUGUAAAUUUUGUUUGCACUAUUAAAAGAUUUUUCUUUCCCCCUGCCCUAGGCAAUAGAAAUAAGUGUGUGCAUGUUUGUUCAUUCAUCUGUCAAGUUACAGAAUACUUCUGGAAAAGUACUUUGUAUUUAAUUGUAGAAAAUAUGGUACUGCAGUCCUUCUUAAAUCUUAAGCUUGGGCUGCUAUUACAUUCUGUGAUGAUAAAUUGGGAAGGAUGCUUUUUUUUGUACUUUCAACAGUGUUAUUAAAUAAAAACUAGCUACUUUA